AUGGGCGGCCCGGGCGGCUCUGGCAGCAGCAGUUCCGCCAGGCGCUCGUUCCCGCGACCCUGGCCUGGGCCUCAGCUCACAUCGCCGCGACCCCGCCUCGCCUCGGCCGGGAGCCUCUCCCCUCGCCAGGGCCAGAGGCGCAAGCGGGGGCGGGCCUCUGCGCCGAGCGGCCAAUGGGGACUGAGCGUGGCGGCCGGGGCGUGGCAGCCCCGGCGCGACGCCUGGAGUGGCGGUUGUUUCAAGAUGGCGGGUGCGGCGGGCCCCUCCCUGCCGGGCUCUGCGUUCUGGAGCCGCGACUUUUCUGAUGAAGAGCAAUCAGUAGUUUAUGUUCCAGGACUCUCCUCAGAAGGAAAUACAAGAUCAAGACUCAAGUUGAUAAAUCCAAAAGUUGAUGUUAAAGUUAAGACUUGCAGGGUGGCUGAUGCUUCCAUCACCAUGGAGUCUUUAAAGGGUGCAGGAGAUUCGGUAGCUGAACAGAAUUUCUGCAAGGGAGGAAUGAAGAGUGCAUCACUGAAAGAUUUAUGUCUUGAAGACAAAAGACGCAUUGCUAACUUAAUUAAAGAACUGGCCAGAGUAAGUGAAGAAAAGGAAGUGACAGAGGAGCGACUGAAAACUGAGCAGGAGUCCUUUGAGAAGAAGAUCCGGCAGUUGGAAGAGCAGAAUGAACUGAUCAUCAAAGAAAGGGAAGAUAUCCUUUUGAGGCUUACUUUCAUUUUUGUGUUCAGCAAGUUUGGCUCUUGUGUGAAGAAACUGUAAACUCCAGAGAAAUAAUUGUUCUGAUUUAUAACAGGGAAUAAAUCUGCAUGUGCUGCCUUUUCUAGGCAAUCAGAAAGACACUUAGCAGCAUGUGCUGUUGCUUCCUGUGUGCUUGAUAAGGCCACCCAGCUGUUCUGCUGCUGUUACUACUCUGUGAAGCACAGAUUUGUCAAGUAAAACAGACAAUAUGAAAUUUGGGCUUUACCACAAAAUGUUGGGUCUUCAUUAAAUUGCCCCACUGCUAUAAUGG